CUCGUAAAUAAUCGUGUGUGUGUUCGUGUGUGUCGCAAACACUCUGGUCUCUGGUGUGGCAUCCUAAUGCGGACCUCGAAUCAAGCUCGUUGAGCACUGAUCCAGGCGAUCUAUUUCGUUUCCGCUCAUCAUGUGCUCUAGACUUGAAGAAGCUUUCCCCUCUGGGUGCGAGCCACAGCAAUUGCGCUACCAACGAAAAUGUUUGUUUAUGGAUCCUGAGCGCCUUAUUGGAUAUCUCGAAAUACAGAAAACAAAGCUGCUGACAAGCGGGUCAGGUGGUUUUGUAGAAUUCGCUUUUUGGGAGCACCCAGAUCGAGAGGACUUAGGUCACCUUCCCAACACCCGUCCGCAGAUGUUUCGUGGAACAGCUCUUAGGGGUUGUAGUACAAGCGAAGAUCGAAGACAUACUGAGGCAUCACUGACGCGCGCCAUUGACGAAGCUCGCUAUACGUUGAACGGCAGGCGGGGCCCAUUCAGUCUGAUCUUCCUUCACGGCACUAUGGAGGAUCUGUGCCGCGACCGAGCUCUGGAAAUCGGAAUUGGCUUCCAGCUAUAGCGGUACGCCGUGAUCCUGCAAUCUGGGACCGAUUGGAUUUGUCAACGAGAAUAAAGCUCUUGUUU